AACACUAUGCAUGUACCCUUCCAAAAGGAAACAACAAAUGGUAACCAUUAUUAUAGUGGAACAAAGACGAUAAUACAUUAAUUUAGCAUAGUGGAUAAGAAAAUAUGAUAAAUGGCGGGAUGGGACCACCUACGACACGAUUGCAAGCGUAUUUACACGGCGAUCAAAGAAACAGAAUACAUGGUUUGUUAAAAUUGUCAGAGCAGACUACAAACGAUAGACGCCAUACCAGAUACGUCAAUUAUAUAAAUGCGUUCCUUAGAAACGUUGGCAAAGAACAGGCUCAUCUGGUCGGAAGUACGGCUGAAGACUUGAAAUUGCGGUGGUCAACAGACGGCGGUGACGCGGACAUUCUUCUCGUUUCAGGGAGACUACAUAUUCCAGUAGAAAAUAUCAUACCUCGCAAAGAUACGCCUAGGUACAUUUGGUUGCGCGGUGAUAACCUUAACGAGCGGUAUCGUGGAAAUUUGGUUGAUGGCAAGUAUCUUUCUGCGCAGCUUUUGAGAACUGUCAAUCCUCAAUUGUUUACAACAUUGCGCGCGAUUUAUACAAUCGUGUCAUCUCCUGCGGACUUUGUUCCAGGAACGGAGAGGAGAGUAACAAGCAUUGGUGUAAACACCAAGGUCGGCUUAGCAAGGAUAGAGAUGCGGAACCUUGUGCUUGACAAUAACGCGUUCCCAAAGAAAGCGAGAGGAAGGCAUGUUGGGGACCGCUGUGCCAAUGUAACAGCACAGUUAAAACUACGCUGGAAAGGCGUGCACGUUUACCAAGAAGAUGUUAAGACAUUUGAGAGAGUUUUGAAGAUGGUAGCACUUUUAAAGGUACCAGGAACUAAAGGAGAACAUCAUAGUCAAUUCGACUACUUUGCCACAAUGCUAUCUGAAGCUCUAAGGCGGCAUCCGCCUUUUAAGGACGAUGGAGAUGGUGAGGAAGUUAUCGCCUUUGAAAACGAUUUGGAUAUUGAUGAACAAGAUGUCAGUGAGAGGAUCAGAGCAACUUACGAUGAAAAGAACGGCGAAGAUUUUGUUCCUGCAGCCCGAGUAAGUGGAAAACUUCAGUGCAUGGUUGAUUUUCGAAACAGAAUGACACAUGCUGCAUGGCCAUCUCAGUCGAUCGCUGAAGACAUAUUCAACAACGACGUUUUCGUAAUAUGUAGAUCGGCUCCAUUAAAUCCAUCCGCAGACAAAGAUUUUUGCCUUGGUUUCAACCUUUCUGAAAUAACACUUAGCCAGAAUAUGCCAGAAGUCGCUAAGACCGUCUACAUUAUCAUGAAAUCGUACUUGAAAGGUUUAUUCCAAAAGCGGUUCAAUGCUAUGAACCGUGAAGAAGUCAGACUGAAGUCGUACCAUGUGAAGACGGCGAUUUUUUGGACCCUUGAAAAGCAUGGAUCGUGUACCUUUUGGACAGGGACCUCUGAUGAUUCCAUUCUAACGGGCAUUCGUUACGUUUUGGAGAAAAUCAAGAAAUGCUUGGAAGAUCGACAGCUGUGCCACUACUUCGUCACGAACAGCAACAUGUUCGACGGGUUUCAGGAGGAGGAAUAUUUUCUGUGUGAAGCAUGCGUGGACGAGAUCAUGAACGACCCUGUCGGAAGUAUUGCACACUUUUUUGAUAUGGAUGAAGCAAAAAAGGCAGAAUACUGGUUGUCAGCUGAGGAAUUUGAGCAAGUUAUGGCUUUAAGGAACGAUGGUGGACGAAAGGACUUCGUUGAUCGAUUGGAAGAUGCGUUUAUUGAUAUUCUUAGAGGUUCCAAUGAGGCUCUUAGGAGUCCCGAUGGAUCUUCUCCAAUCAGGAACGCAGCUUUAGGCGUUAUAGAUUUGUUUCGUAAAGAAGAACAAAAGAAAGCCAAGGGUAAACAGUCAAGACGAGAGAGUAAUUGUGAAAGGCAACUUGGACCGGAACAUGUCCUUAGCGGAAACCGUUCUGGGGCGUCGGUGGUUGGUGGGCUGCUUAAUAUGCUACCGCACAAAAGGAAAGAUGUUCAAAAAUGGACAGAUGGACUUGUUCAGAUCGCAUCGCUUUUUCCUGAAAGUCGCAAGUACAUUGAUAUGGUUGGUGGUAGUAGCGGGGUUCAGAAUGUCUUGCAAGCCGCUUCAAAUUCAGAUCCUUUAGCUGAGAUAAGAGCGGCAGUGGACAGGUACUUGUCCUGUCCGGACGACGUGGUGGACUCUGUUGCUAUGGAACUGAAGCAGAAGAUAAGCGCCUACUUCAUUGGUCGAAAGGAACUGUAGUAAGAUAACGACUCUCUUGACGUUUUACCACUUUUAACAAUAUUAUCAACUAGUGACCAAAGGACCACUACUUCCUUUGUUUAUGGUGAGGAUUCGCCUCAUUACCAAACAAUUACAAUUACAUGCAACAUUUAAAAUGCGUACAUGUUUAAAGGAAUUACUUAUUUUAUAAACGUUAAAACAUUUAUUAAUUUUUUAACGUUCUAUUUUUAAUCAUCAAGCUUAA